AUGACAGUACAGCAUCUGUUCUUUUCAAGACAGAGAAGUGCGAGAUGAGUCGAGUAGGGUGUUGUUGACAUUUCCCAGGAGCCGUACAAAAGUUUUCCGCAGUGCUAUGGCAGUAUUGACAGUGGCUUCAAAUACAUGUUUUCAGUCGGACAGUUGAAAACACGGAGCCGCCAGAUGACUGUGCACUUCGGUUGAUUUUGUGGAAGUGGUUGUGAGUACACUUUCGGCUUUUCGGGGUUGGGACAGGAACAGCAUACGAGGUUAUCAGUAUGACUCGCGAUAUCAUUCUUGGAGAUGAACUGCCUGACUGGGUCGGGGCGAAAGAGUUUUAUCAAAAGUAUGAUCCCAAAGAGGUGAUUGGCAGAGGUGUGAGCAGUGUGGUGCGCAGAUGUGUACACAAACACACUGGGCAGGAGUUUGCCGUGAAGAUCAUUGAGAUCACUGCAGAGAAAAUGACAGAACAGCAGUUAGAGGAGGUGAAGAGCUCCACACUGAAGGAGAUCCAUGUGCUCAAUGUGGUGAAGGGCCACCCGUCCAUCAUCACACUUAUUGAUUCUUAUGAAUCAACAACCUUCAUAUUUUUGGUAUUUGACCUCAUGAGGAGAGGAGAGCUAUUCGAUUACUUGACUGAAAAAGUCACUCUCAGUGAAAAGGAAACCAGGAGUAUGAUGCGUGCUCUUCUGGAGGCUGUCCAGUAUCUACAUUCUCUAAAUAUUGUACAUCGUGACCUCAAACCUGAAAAUAUUCUGCUGGACAACCAGGGACACAUCAAACUUUCUGACUUUGGCUUCUCAGUCCAGCUGGGGCCUGAUGAAAAACUAAGAGAGUUGUGUGGAACACCAGGAUAUCUGGCACCAGAGAUUCUGAAGUGCUCCAUGGAUGAGACACAUGAGGGAUAUGGGAAAGAGGUUGACCUGUGGGCUUGUGGUGUGAUCAUGUUCACGCUUCUUGCUGGUUCUCCACCAUUCUGGCAUCGCAAACAGCUGCUGAUGCUGAGACUGAUCAUGGAAGGCCGGUACCAGUUUAGCUCUCCAGAGUGGGAUGACCGGUCAGACACCGUCAAAGACUUGAUCUCCAGGCUUUUAGUGGUGGAACCUACACUUCGUCUAACAGCUGAGCAAGCUUUAGCUCAUCCUUUCUUCCGUCAGUACCAAAAGGAGGAUGUGCAGCUCUUUAGCCCCAGGAAGACAUUUAAGGCCCUGAUCUUGACCGUGUUAGCUUGUAUACGAAUGCAGUGCCGCUACUACCGAGCCAGACCAUUAACAAAGGAGCUCCUAGCAAGAGACCCUUAUUCCAUCCGCGGUGUGCGCAAGCUGAUCGACGGCUGUGCUUUCCGCAUAUAUGGACACUGGGUCAAGAAAGGGGAGCAACAGAACCGAGCUGCUCUAUUCCAGAACACGGCUAAAAUCAUUCUAUUGGGCCUUGAAGACCUUGAAAACUAAAGGUCAUAUUUUUGUUUCUAAACGUUUUUAAAAUUUAUAGUUUUGUCACAUACUUAUUGGUGUUAUCGUCUGAUAUUUCUUAUUAUAUAGACCAAAAAAACUAAAAAACAACCUUGUAUUCACAAUUAUCUAACAGAGCUUGUCUCCUAUUCAAGCUCUCUAGCCUUUGACAGUUUUUGACACAAAGCAGAUUGUAUUUGAAUUUAUUAUCAUUCUUAUGCUUCGAAAAAACAAUUCCAGGUUGUUGAAGACUAAACCAUAGAUGCACAGGGAAUAUUUAACAAUGUGGAGUGGACUUUAAGACUUUCGAUACAAAGGAUAACAUACUUGAAACAUAGCAUUACAGUUACGUGUACCACUUGUUUCUUAUCACAGUCGAUCAGACAUUAUCCAUUUAUCAUCAAGGUACUGUACUAAUUCUAAACAGGUAUACAUAUAUGAAUAAUAUUUUUUUAAAUGAGUGGUUUCCAAAACUAAAGAAGUG